AAGGGAAAACCCCUUUAGAGACAAAAGUAUAGGCGACAUAAGUCAUUUGCGUCACUAAUAACUAUAAUGGGUGGCACAAUUUUUUAGUUUGUCACCAAUAAGUUGUCAUCUUAAAUUAAAUUUAUAUUAAUGUUUGCUUGACAAAAUAAUAAAGAAAGGAGACAAAAUCUUUUUGUCUCAACUUUUUAUUAGUGACAAAAUAUAAUUUUGCCUCCUAUUGUUUUUAUAAUUUAGGCAGUUGGCCUUUAUUCCACCAGCGGGAAAUCAAAAAUUUAAUUGAGAGGAAAAAACAUUGAGACUUCAAAUCUCCAAAACGGUGUAGUAUUAUGUAAAAGAGGAUGAGGUAUAAAUACCUUUUUUUUUUUUUUCUUUUUUUUCCUUCUUUCAUCCUAUCCACCGCGAAAUCUAUUUUCCCAAGCGUUCACAACUUCGAACCUCAAACUGCCAGCAACAUGAACUCCACCUUCGAUCGACAACUACUUCAUCUCCUCAAACCUCAAACUACUACAUCAUCUUCUCUCUAAUCUCUUCUUUUCACUUCUCAACCCCAGCAGCCCAAUCUCAAAAUCAUCCUAAAUCACCAGCACCAAACCCCUUCAUCUUGGGUUUUUUAUCGAUCAGGAAAAAGGGAAGCAGAAUCGCAUCAGAGAGCAUCAUCCGGAUUGAAUACUAGUGAUUGUUGAAAGUGCUAAAAAGAGUGAUGCAACUGAUCGAUAUUGAGAAGAACAAGUUUUGUUGAGCUCACUUCAAUCCAAAAAUUGCUUUAGUAUUACACAAAAGGUGUCCAGGUAUGCUCUAAAGUUCCACGUAGUCUAUUAAUAUCUUCCUCUCUCCUUUUUAUUUUAUUUUAUUUUAUUUUUUAUGGUUUAUGCGAGCUAAGACCAGUCUUGAAACAUGAUGGUAGUGGACAUGUAUAUAAUAGAAAAAUAAGGAAAGACAUUAUAUGAUUUUGGAUAUGUAAAGUGUUUAUUAAAUUGCAUAUUUGUUGGUUGAAUAAGGAUUAUUUUGCUAAUAUGGAUCAAGAGGCAAGCACAAACACGUCACUGCUAAUGCUAGCUAAGUGUAUUAAAUUCCUUAGAUUCAAAUGUAUUAUUAAAUUCAUAUUUGAAAGUGUUUAGAUGAAUUUUGUACGAAAGCCAAGUAGGUGAAAUAAUUCAAUUUAGGAAGCUAGGCUAAGCUAAUCAUAUAAGGAUGUAGGACAGUUGCAGAAAGUGAUUACUUAGAUGAAUAGAUAGACAGAUAAGCUUAUAUCUGUGAUUUGGUUUCCAAAUCUACGAUCAAUCUGUCUUCAAGUUGUUCUGUAGACUAUAAGGGAAAAAGGAACAAAACACAAACAGCUACCUAUGAUCUAGCAAAUUUAAUUGACCAAUAACGCUAGACACAAAUGCAUCACUUAUGAAGGAAUAAUUCUUGGUUGUCAUUUAUUUUAUAUCAUUUUUGAAACAAGUAACAAAUGCGUCACUGCUAAUGUUUAUUAAAUUCAUAUUUGUGUGAUUUGGUUUGUCUGUAGCAAGUAGUUGCGCAAAAUUCAAAAGCAUGAACACUGCUAAUGCUAGCUAAGUGUUAAAUCUGAUCAGUAGUCUUCAUCAUGGUGCUACAAUUGUAGUGAUGAUGUGAUGAUCAUUUUUGAGGUUUGGCUGAUCUCCAGACUUCAACCCAGAACUUGCUCUAGUAUCAUUAAAAAGAAAGGUAAAAAUGUGUCUUUUGUUGAGAAUUGGAGCGCUAUGCAUCAACAUCGUGACGGUCAAUGGAUCAACGAAGCAGCUGAACAAACUGGGAAGAAAAUGUUAGGAGAAUUGAAUCAAACAAAGGAGAAGUUAGCUGAAGUGCUUGGGGCUGCCUCACUUGAUGAAAUAGAAGUUCCCGUCUCUAUGCAGUUGGAUAUCUUGGCAAAUGGCGUUGGGGUUGCAAAGGGUAGAGGCAUUCGCGGUCUGGGCUAUGGUCCACGGAAGGAACCCGUCCAUUAUUCUGAGAGUGAUAAAUCUACAAAUACUUCAGUGACAGAACAAAAGGUGAUUGAGCUGACAGCCACGGUGGAAAAGCUUUUGAGGCAUAUCAGUCACAUAGAAGAGCAACUUGCUACUGUUGAAGGGUAUAAUGUUCAUUAUUCCAGUGAUGAUGAUGAUGAUUAUGAUAAUGGGGAUGAUGAUGAUGAUGAUGUGAAUAUCUAUGGGGAUGAAGAUGAGGGUGCAGACUAGCUAUUAGGACCUUAAUGUUGUUUUCCGAUGGAACUUUAGUUUUAUAUUAUUAAACUAGAAAACUUGUUUUUGCUACCUAUUGUCUAUGUAGAAGUGUAGAAACGCAAAACUUCACUUUCUCUGUUAUACUAUCUUUUCAUUUAUUCAAUGCAAUUAAAUACUUUUUUAUUUAGUUU